CAUUAGAAGAGAAAAGGGGGGAGAGGUUUUCGAGCUGGACUACUUGAAUGCAGUGGUUGUGCUCAUGCCUGUAGACGUAGGCAGUGACUUCAUACUCAUUUUUCAGCGCACGUCCAACGGCCGUGUGUAAGAAUGGAUAAACCGUCAAGAAAACCCAAAGCUUUCAUCUAUUUUCGCUUUUUAGGAUGUUAAAAAUCCUACAGCUAUGAACAGAAUCGUCGUUUUUGUGUGUGUCCGUCAACGAGCUGUUCAGUUUUACCAGAGCUGCAGUUAAAAUCCGUGUUUUUUUUUUUUCUUGUUUUUUUUUUUCUCCUUUUUUUUUUUUUUUUUUUGCCAAAGCUGCGGUGCGUUCACUUACAGCUUAAAAUGAAGAUGGAUGGAGAGUGUAUCAAAUAAUGAUGACGGACGCAAGAUAGAUUGCAGAUGCACUCUACCAAGGUGGCAGCAAUGGCGAAGGGAGCAGAUACUAUCAUCUUCAUGCACUUCUUCCCUCUCCCAAAGGAAUAAUUUGAAAAUCACUGACUGUAUGAUCCCAUUAAAUAGUUGAUAAUAAAAUGAACACCACUGUUACACCAUCAGAUCUGGUGGAUGUGCCAAGAACGCAGAACUUCAACGGCACCCUGGGCACACACACCCCAUCAGGCUGGGCCGUGAUCCACACCGCUACCUUGACUUUUUGCUCCCUCCUCCUCAUCUUCAUCUUCUGCCUGGGCUCUUAUGGGAAUCUCGUGGUGUUCUUGUCCUUUUUCGAUCCGGCGUUUCGCAAGUUUCGCACCAACUUCGACUUCAUGAUCCUCAACUUGUCCUUUUGUGAUUUGUUCAUCUGCUGUGUGACUGCUCCCAUGUUUGCUCUGGUGCUCUUUCUGGAUGCAGGUGGAGGCGAUGGGGUGUCCAAAAGUUUCUGCUUUGCCUUCCAUCUCACCAGCUCCGGCUUCAUCAUCAUGUCUCUGGAGACGGUGGCUGUCAUUGCCCUGCACAGACUGCGAAUGGUUCUGGGUCAGCAGCCCAACCGUACGGCCUCCUUCCCCUGCACCCUUGCACUUACCGCCCUUCUGUGGACGUCCAGCUUCGCCAUGGCCGCUCUCCUCACCAUGAGAGCUUACCCACGCAGAGACGGACCAUGCUUACCCCACUUUGGUCUGGGAGGUGGACAGGCCCGGGUUGUGUUAUACGUCUACCUGGCAGACUUUGCCUUUUGUGUAGCUGUGGUGUCUGUAUCCUACCUGAUGAUCGCUCAAACACUGAGGAAGAACGCACAAGUGAGGAAAUGCCCCAUCAUUAGCGUAGACGCCACAUGCCCUCCACCCCCACCGCCUCUCAUUGCAGCAGGGUUUGAGAGCAUGCAGUGUGCUGUUCAGGGCCCCUCUCUUUACCGUAACCAAACUUACAACAAACUGCAAAACGUUCAGACACACUCUUACGCCAACAGGACCAGCCAGCCUCUGGUCCCAGGUGCCGCCCCAGGAGCCACCUGCUGUCAGCUGGUGUCAACAGUCAACCUGGCCACAGCGAAAGACUCCAAGGCGGUCGUCACCUGUGUCGUUAUAGUAUUCUCGGUGUUGCUCUGCUGCUUACCGAUGGGAGUUUCACUAGCGCAGGAUGUUUUGUCACCAGAAAGUAGCUUUGCACAUUACCAGUUUGAACUGUGUGGUUUUGUGCUCAUUUUUCUCAAGUCGGGCAUCAAUCCAUUUGUGUACUCACGCAACAGUGCAGGCCUCCGCCGUCGUGUACUGUGCUGUUUUCAGUGGGUGGCCUUGGGCUUUCUCUGUUGCAAGCAAAAGACUCGCCUCCAUGCGAUGGGGAAGGGAAGUCUGGAAGUCAAUCGCAAUAAGUCCUCCCAUCAUGAAACCAACUCAGCCUAUGUACUGUCACCCAAGCCACAGAGGAGGCUGAUAGACCAGGCCUGUGGACCCAGUCACUCCAGGGAUUGUGCCGGUAGUCCAAGGGCCACAGGUGCGCGCAAACCUCGCCCCCCCAGUACCUCUACACCUAUCAACACCCGCAUUGAGCCCUACUACAGUAUAUACAACAGCAGCCCCUCCGCAGGGCCCAGUUCCCCCACCAGCCUGCAGCCUGUCAGCUCUCAGACAUUUGCAUUUGCCAAAUCCUAUGUAGCCAUGCACUACCACACUCAUCAGGAUGCACUUCAAGACUUUGACAGCACCUCGGUGCACCAGAUUCCCAUUCCUUCAGUCUGAUUAAAGAGGCGUCUUUGGACAGUCAUGAUACAGCAACAGUCGAUUUUAUGUAUUUGGAUUCAGUAUUUACCUUUUGUUCUCUACUACAGUGGAAAUACAUGUGAGGUGAACUAGUAGGUGGCAAAAUGAAAGAAGCAGAAUUGUGAGCUUUGCUAUGAAAACAAAAAUGAAUAUAAAUGUUUCUGUUAAAAACGUUGUUUGAAUUGACUUGUUUUUUUUUCCACAGGUACUGCAUUUUCACAUAAAACUACUCCUGUGUUGCACACGCAUGUGCCAUUAUAACCUGAGACUCUCAGUUUUCAUAGCUGCCAGAGACUACACAAGCUGGUUUUGGUGUUGCCUCUUCUCUGGAUGAAGCUGAGCACUGAUACCAGCUGCUGUAGUGACGGACUGCCAUGAAAACCUGCACAAACCCACACAUGGCUGCUGACGACAUGUGAUUGCACUUUGAUGGACUUUUGCUUCUAAAGAAACCUGUAUUUGUGAUCUUAUACACCUUUUAAAUGAAUAAAUGUUUGGCAAGUGCA